GAGGCAGAGGCAGAGGCAGAGGGAAACAAAACGACGGGGCGGAGACGAGACGCGUCCCGUUCGCGCACGCUACUCGAUUGAUUGCUUCCUUCCGCCCGCUGCUCCGCUGCCGCCACAGCUCCUCCCUCCUCCUCCUGCUCGAGUCCCCCGGUGCCCUAGCCAGCCCGCUGCCACUGGCGGCGAGCGAGAGUCCGGAUCGCGGGCGCCGCGCCGCUCCUUCCCCUCCCCUACCGGAGGGAGACCCCGCCGAGGAUCGAGGACCGGCCGGCCGCGGAAUGGGCGGCCGCGAUGACUAGCGGGGGUCGCGCGGCGGCGUUGUUGGCGGAGGCAGCGGGGCGCAUACCAUGGUGCAGUGUCUCGACGGCGUCAAGCACCUCCUCGCGGUCCUCUUCAAGUGCUGCGACCUCGAGCUCAAGCAGCCCCGGGGGCUCGAGGACCCCCAGGUCCUCGCGCGGGAGACCGUCUUCAGCGUGAGCGAGGUCGAGGCGCUGUACGAGCUCUUCAAGAAGAUCAGCAGCGCCGUCAUCGAUGACGGGCUGAUUAACAAGGAGGAGUUCCAGUUGGCGCUCUUCAAGACGAGCAAGAAGGAGAGCCUCUUCGCUGAUCGUGUAUUCGAUUUGUUCGACACAAAGCACAAUGGAAUUUUAGGGUUUGAAGAGUUUGCUCGUGCACUCUCAGUGUUUCACCCAAAUGCUUCAGUUGAAGAGAAAAUUGACUUUUCAUUCCAGCUAUAUGAUCUUAAGCAACAAGGCUUCAUUGAGAGACAAGAGGUUAAGCAGAUGGUUGUUGCCACACUUGCGGAGUCAGGAAUGAAUCUGUCUGAUGAAAUUAUAGAGAACAUAAUUGAUAAGACGUUUGAGGAGGCAGACACAAAGCAUGAUGGAAAAAUUGACAGGGAAGAGUGGCACAAUCUGGUUCUUCGACAUCCUUCUUUACUGAAGAACAUGACUCUUCAGUAUCUCAAGGACAUCACCACGACAUUUCCAAGCUUCGUCUUUCAUUCUCAGGUCGACGAUACCUGAAAUUCUUGCAGUUCUUUCGAAUCGGAACAUAAGAAGAUAAGCUUGCAGUAAUUUUGUAAGGUUUUGGCAUCGGACUGUUUGGAACAUUGGAUCGGAUGAGAGAUAGAGGCAUUGCUGCUCUGAAGGAUGUUGAAUUUGAGAACGCAAAUUGUUGUUAAAUAACUUUGCUUCUUCCAUUUGAAGAAUUUAGAACUGUUGGGAGCCUUCGGGCAAGGUGUUAUCUCUUAUCUGAAAUUCCCAUUUUCUCCUCUCCCCGUUUUUGUUUUUUGGCUGGUUAGCGAUCAGGUCCAAUUCUCUGAGAACUCUGCUGUGUGUACAGAAAUGCAAACAGCCUUGAUAUUGUUUGUCAUCUUUUGCUGGGAAGUUUCUCCAUCGCUUUGCAAUCUAUAGUGAAGUGGAGCAGAAAAUGGAUUGGAUUUUGUUUA